GGCGCGGACCGCACGCGCCGCCGAUGGCGCAGGCGCGUUGCUGGGCCUCCAGCUCUGACUCCAGAGCUACACUGAGUCCGAGCAGGCGGACGCGCGGAGUGGACGGCGGGGACGCGCGCGGGAUUCGGGCGGGCGGGCCCGGUGGCCUCGGAGGAGCGGGAGGCACGAUGGCCGAGGGCAGCGCUGUGUCCGACCCUCAGCACGCUGCGCGCCUGCUACGGGCGCUCAGCUCCUUCCGGGAGGAGGCGCGCUUCUGCGACGCUCAUCUGGUCCUCGACGGCGAGGAGAUCCCGGUGCAGAAGAACAUCCUGGCGGCGGCCAGCCCGUACAUCAGGACAAAGUUAAACUAUAAUCCUCCAAAAGAUGACGGAUCCACUUAUAAGAUUGAACUUGAAGGGAUAUCGGUAAUGGUUAUGAGAGAGAUCCUGGAUUACAUCUUCAGUGGGCAGAUCAGGCUAAAUGAAGAUACAAUCCAAGAUGUUGUACAGGCAGCUGACCUGCUGCUGCUGACGGACCUGAAAACCUUGUGCUGUGAGUUCUUGGAGGGCUGCAUUGCCGCAGAGAACUGCAUCGGCAUCCGAGACUUUGCGCUGCACUAUUGCCUGCACCAUGUGCACUACCUGGCCACAGAGUACCUGGAGACCCACUUCCGCGACGUCAGCAACACAGAGGAGUUCCUGGAGCUGAGUCCGCAGAAGCUUAAAGAAGUGAUCUCCCUUGAGAAGCUGAACGUCGGCAAUGAAAGAUACGUGUUCGAGGCAGUGAUUCGGUGGAUAGCACAUGACACAGAGAUGAGAAAGGUCCACAUGAAGGAUGUCAUGUCAGCACUGUGGGUUUCGGGGCUGGACUCCAGCUACCUUCGGGAGCAGAUGCUGAAUGAGCCCUUGGUACGAGAGGUCGUCAAAGAGUGCAGUAACAUCCCUCUCAGCCAGCCGCAGCAGGGGGAGGCCAUGCUCGCCAGCUUCAAGCCCAGAGGCUACUCAGAGUGCAUAGUGACCAUUGGAGGGGAGGAAAGAGUUUCACGGAAACCCACGGCCGCCAUGCGAUGUAUGUGCCCUCUCUACGACCCUAAUCGGCAGCUGUGGAUCGAACUGGCUCCUCUGAGCAUGCCAAGAAUUAACCAUGGUGUUCUUUCAGCAGAAGGAUUUUUGUUUGUAUUGGGGGGCCAAGAUGAAAAUAAGCAGACACUGAGCUCGGGAGAGAAGUAUGACCCAGACGCCAACACGUGGACUGCUCUGCCACCCAUGAAUGAGGCAAGACACAACUUUGGGAUCGUGGAGAUAGAUGGGAUGCUCUACAUUCUCGGAGGGGAGGAUGGUGACCGGGAGUUGAUUUCCAUGGAGUGUUACGAUAUUUAUUCAAAAACCUGGACAAAGCAACCCGAUUUGACCAUGGUUAGAAAGAUUGGUUGUUACGCAGCUAUGAAAAAGAAAAUCUAUGCCAUGGGUGGAGGAUCAUAUGGAAAACUGUUUGAGUCUGUGGAGUGUUACGAUCCACGGACCCAGCAGUGGACUGCCAUAUGUCCACUGAAAGAGAGAAGGUUUGGAGCAGUGGCCUGUGGGGUUGCCAUGGAGCUGUACGUAUUUGGAGGAGUCAGAAGUCGAGAGGACAUCCAGGGCAGCGAGAUGGUCACCUGCAAGUCUGAGUUCUAUCAUGAUGAGUUUAAGAGGUGGAUCUACCUUAACGAUCAGAACCUGUGCAUCCCUGCCAGUUCAUCCUUCGUUUAUGGAGCUGUCCCCAUAGGAGCCAGUAUUUAUGUUAUCGGAGACCUUGACACAGGUACCAACUAUGACUAUGUGCGUGAGUUUAAGAGAAGCACGGGCACCUGGCACCACACGAAGCCACUCCUGCCAUCCGACCUUCGACGCACAGGCUGUGCAGCUCUGCGCAUAGCCAACUGCAAGCUCUUCCGCCUGCAGCUGCAGCAAGGCUUGUUCCGCAUCCGGGUCCAUUCCCCUUGAAGAGGAAGAGGAGCCAAAAGCGAGAUCCUGCCCCAAGCGCAUCACGUGGCUGGACAUCAGCAAGUACCGAGAAGCAGCUCCACCUUGCUGUGUGCUGAGUUUCAGUAUGGUUACUCUUUGGUGGUUUUUUAAUGCUUAGAAGCUUGGGCUUCUGCUCUUGUCUGGAGACCAUGUAACUGUUGAAAAACUACCCGGGAGGAAUCAGUUCCUCCAGCCUGAUGCGUCAGUAAACCGUGGAGGCUAGUGAGUGUCAAAAGGAGGAGGGAGUGGGGGGUUGGUGUCAUGUGAAAUAUCAAAGUUAAAGCCCUAAGGUGCAUUUUCCCAGAAGGGAACUCUUACUAACUGUGUCCCAGUGUGUGUGCUGUGGUAAACAAACAACAGAAUCCAUAUAUGCAAACCAGUAUACCCAGCAGACAAGGUUGUCCUUGUCCUUGUGGAGGGGUAGAAUGCCUGGCCCACUCAGUAAACUGAGGCUCGUGCCAGUUAGUUCCCAUUCAUUACUAAUGCUGUUUAAGAACUGUGUUCUGAUGAGUGGAAGCUGAGAUAAAACUCCUCUCCAGCAAUAGUCUGUCUUAGUAAAGAGUCAGUCACCCGAGGAGCUCCAGUCUGCAGCCCUUAUGUGAGCUUCAGGGAAUUGCUCACUGUGAAAGACCCUGCGUCAGGAGAGAGCUCCUGGGAGGGGCUGUCAGCUCGGGAGGGAGCUUGCACCAUUCUUCCUUCCACCUGGAAAAGCAAAACCAUUUUCUAUACUCCAGGCUGUCAGCGCAGAGGAGAUUGUAGAGUUGGGCAAACGAUAGCAAUCUGCUGCAACUAAAAAUAAUGGGACACAAACAAACAAACAAACAAAGCUGUCCAGAUAAUGUACAUAGGGAUCAAAAACUUCAUAUACUCUGUCUGAAAGCACACUGAGUCCUGUUUACUGCUGCUUAGAAAUUACAGACUUGUCUUUGAAUGCAGGUGUGUUUAGAAUCUUGUCUUUGUAACAGGCUGCUCCCAAAGCCGCUCACUGGUAGAGUUUUAGAUGAAUUUCACUCCCAGUAAUGUUUGGCUGGUAGAAUAAACUACCUCAACUUAAUUUCAUUCUGUCCCCAUUAGUGUCCUCUACACUUUCUCUCCUUCCUAUUCCCAUUAGUAAAGAAAUUCUUUAGAUGGUGGACUUUAUCUUGUAAGAUAGUCUGUUUUCAUUUAGACUAUGCCACCUUGGUGGGAAAUCAGGGACUUGAGUGUGCUCUAUUACUUGACAGUGUGAGCUGUAUGCAAUAUCAAAUUUCUUGUCAACUUGAUAUAGAGUUCCUCAUUUCUAAUUGUUUUCUACAAGUUUCUUUAGAGUAUGGCUAGAAGAGGCAACAUUAUAUCUUAGUGACUGCUAAAUGUGUAAGUACAUCCUUUGGUUAUAAAUUGAAGAACAGAAAUUUCUUCUAGAAACUUCCUAUGUGAGAUGUUUAUAUACAAUUAAAAUGCAUAUAAAGCAUUAAUCCUAUUUUCCCACCUGUGGACCUGAAAAGGCAUGGCCUCUCUGCAGGGAUCUUCCUAUACCUGUCUUGAGUGAUGGGCACUAUAAAAAGUUGGGGAAAAGAAGCCAAAGGGUAGCUGUAAAAAGGGCUGGGAGUGAUGCCCUCACUCUGCCUUGGCCAGAAGCAACUUGGCAAGAGUAGGUCUAAGUUUUUAUCCUUUGCUCCAGGCCAGACGUGCCAUACACCUUCAUGCCAUCCAGUCCAAGUCAGGCUUGGAUUGUGUUUCGUAUGAGCCAUGUUGUCGGCAUGUCUCCCCGUUGGGGAGCUUUCCAUCAAAGAAACUAUGGCAGAGGAAGCACUUUCUGCUGUUGCUAAGCUGGUGGCUGCAGGGGAGAGAAAUUGCCAGAAGGGCAAGUUGACUUUGGUGAAAUACCUGCACAGGACAGAGCCAUGGCCUGCAGAGCAGAGAAACUGGUGUCAGGACAGCUGGCUAACUGCUCUGUUUUGGGUUUUGGUUUUGAUGUUUGUUUGUUUGUUUGUUUGUUUGUU